AUGGGCAUAUCGCUGCCCUCUCUCUUUUCCACCAUUUUCUUCUUCUUGAACACCAUCUUUAUUCUUCAAUCCAUAAACUCUAUCAGCAGCAGUACUGCUGGUGAUGGCUUUUCGGUUUGUCUGAUCCACCGUGACUCACCUCUAUCCCCAUCAUACAAUCGUUCCAUGACCGCCUAUGAUCGUAUACAAGCUGCUGCUUAUCGUUCUGUCUUGCGUCUUAACCACAUCCACUCUCUCACCACCACCUUUUCAUCCUCAGAACAUGAUAUCUCUUCUAGAAUAGUCCCUGAAAAUGGUGAGUACAUAGUGACUUUCUCUGUGGGCACUCCCCCUACCCAAGUACAUGCCUUCAUGGACACUGGAAGUGACGCCAUUUGGGUCAAAUGCUCACAAAGCUUCCCCGUCUUCAACCCUGCAAAAUCCUCCUCUUACGGUCACUACUUGUGUGAUUCCCUUCCCUGUGAGGCUCUUGGGGUAGGUAGGAGAACCUGUGCAGAGUUUCUUGACCCUUGCUACUAUAGGGUGAUAUAUGGAGAUGGUUCUACAACAGAGGGAACUCUGUCCCAUGACAAGUUUGCAUUUGAAGACCCUGAGAGGAACCUUGUGGAUGUUGGUCACUUGGAUUUUGGUUGUUCUGACUUCUCUUCAUGGCAUUUUCGUGGGAACCAAUCAGGGGCUCUCGGCCUGAGCCGGCAACCCCUGUCCUUAAUUUCUCAACUAGGCAUAAAAAAGUUCUCGUACUGCAUGGUGCUCCCGGACAAUGAGGGAUCAGGAAGCAGGAUGUAUUUUGGCUCAGAGGCAGUGAUCUCUGGUGGGCAAACUCCACUUCUGAAGGGAGUGGAUUGGUAUUACUAUGUCACUCUCAUUGGAAUUAGCAUUGGCACAACUUACACAUUACUUAGAUCAGAAGCAUAUGAUGCAUUGAUCGAGGCACUGGGGGAAGCCAUAGAUUUGCCUCAAAGGAGAGGACCAAGCGAAUGGUAUGAGUUGUGUUUUGAGGGAAGUUUUGAGGACUUGGAUUCUGCAGCACCAGAUUUGAAAUUCAUUUUUGAUGGUGCCGAAGUCAUUCUAAUGAAACAAACUACUUACAUUGAAGCAGAGAAGGGGCUUUGGUGCCUUGCCAUGGUGAGGUCCAAUGAAGAGUUGUCCAUACUUGGAAAUAUGCAACAACAGAACUAUUUUGUUGGUUAUGACCUUGAUCAAGAAGUGGUUUCUUUUGCUCCAGUUGACUGUGCUACCUUCUAG